AUGGACCACAACCCUCAAUUGGCCCUGCGCCUGCGCAUCGAGGCCGCGUUCACAGUCGUGGUCACGAUCCUCUGCUCGGUUCCGGCCCUGAGGGACGUAAUUGGGCUCAAUCGCCGAGCUACUCCUCAACUGAAGAAUGGAGAAUACAAGGACAAGGACGGAGAAAGUACCCGGGAAGAUGUCGAGCGGUUUUCCUCCAAGGUGCCCAAGGCCUUCGUUCUGUUCUUUGCAGCCCUGGGUCUCGCGAGCUCCGUUUACAUCUCGGUGAUAAACACCCUGCCCGGAUCGUCAGGUUUUCUACGCGCGGAUAACUGGUUUUACACGGCUGUUUGGGCACUAUACGGAUUCAAUGCCAUCUACAUCGCCGCGAGUCGAGAUCCGGUACGCGCCUAUGAUAUUGGCGUGUUCCUCGCACUAUCGGCUUGUAUCCUCUUAAUCGUAUCUCUCGAUCUCGAAUAUGCUCGAAUCGUGUAUCUCGUUGGAACUAGUCCCACUCUCACGUACGUGAGGGCCGCCGCCUUCGCUUCCAUCAUUGGUUUUUUGUUUUCCACCGUGUCACUCCCAAGACGCCCCGAUGUCUACAAGGAUGGCCGCGUGGUCAACGGCGUGGAUACUGUACCUGCCAUUAGUAGCUUCACCUUUCACUGGGCGCGGCCAAUGUCGAAGCUUGCGAGAAUCAAGAAGGACCUUGAUAUCGAAGAUUACCCAGCUCUGGGAUUCGCCAAUCGAAGCGAGGAUUUGUCCAAAACCUGGGUCACGUAUCCUAGCCAACCCCGACUGUGGAAGGCCAUCUGCAGAGUUCAUGCUCGCAAUCUUUUUAUCCAGAUAAGUUUGGCCGCUAUCAAAGGCACUACCGGGUUCAUUCCCCAGUGGUUCACGCUUCGGUUGCUCGAGACGAUUCAGGGCGGAACUGUUGAUGGUCACUGGCCCGUCACCGUCUGGUUCAUUGUUUUGGGCCUUACUAUUUCCAUUUUUGCUGACGGGGCUCUCGAAGCCUGGUUGUAUUGGAUUAGCACUACGGGACUCUCGCUCGCGAUCCGUAGUCAACUCUCCGCGUUAAUAUUCGAGAAAUCAAUGCGACGAAAGAACGCGAAGAGCGCAACCGAGUCCGAAAACAAGGAAAAAGACAAGGAUGAAGACAAGGAUGAAGACAAGGAUAAGGGUAAAGGUAGUAAUGUGGAUAACGAAAAUGACGAAGAGCCCACCGAGUCUACUCCGCUGCUAAAUGGGAAUAAAUCCAAUGACGACGAUCCGAAGAAAAAGGAGGAGAAGAAGGAAGAGGAUGAAGUGGCCAAUCCCCUCAAGUCCAAGCAAGGGAUCAUCAACCUCAUCGGUCUCGAUACGGUCCGCGUCUCUUUCUUCUUUACCAUGCAGUUCUACUUCACCAACAGCGCCGUUAAACUCGUUGUCUCCGUUGCCUUUCUAAUGUAUCUUCUCGGUUGGAUUCCCGUGGCGGCCGGCGCCUUGGCCAGUCUUGCGCUCAUCCCUGUCAACAACCGGUUUUCGAAAAUGUACGCGGACGCUCAAGAGCGCAUGAUGAAGGCGCGAGAUGAGCAACUGGCAGUGGUGAAUGAAUGCUUGCUGGGCGCACGACAGAUCAAGUUUUCCGCUCUCGAAGAUGGCUGGGAGAAGAAGAUUCUCAAAAUCAGAGAAAAAGUCUUGUCUACUGUUUGGGACUCUUUCCUCGCUGACACUGCGCUGCUGGGUUGCUGGAUUGUCACGCCUCUUGUGUCAUCUGCGACCGCUCUAAGCGCGUACGCUAUCGUCAAUAAUGGGUUGACUCCCAGUGUUGCUUUCGUCGGUGUUGCUGUCUUCAGAAGCUUGGAAGCUGCUUUGAACAUGAUUCCAGAGCUCAUCUCGGAGUUUUUCGACUCCUGGAUCUCGAUGAAGCGAAUCGAAAAGUAUCUCAACGGGCCAGAAAUGACACGCAUUGUAGAUGACGGACCCCAAGUUGCCUUUGAAAAUGCAACCAUCGCCUGGCCGGUCGAUGACGAAGUCGACGAAGCAGAUCGAUUCAUUCUCAGAAAUAUCAGCCUGGAAUUCCCUACCGGUGAACUAAGCGUUAUAUCCGAUCUACUUGCGGGCAAGGUCUUUGCUCCCGCCGCGCCUUCACUGGAGGAAAGAUUUGACCAGAAUGCCAACCGCGGAAACUGGAUUAUCCCAAGCGCGAAGGCCUAUGUCGCACAAGUCCCAUGGAUCGAGAACGCCACAUUGAGAGAGAAUGUCCUUUUCGGGCUUCCAUAUGAUGAGGAGCGCUACAAUGCAACGAUCGAUGCGUGCGCCUUACGCAAGGAUCUCGAGAUUCUAACUGAUGGUGACGAGACCGAACUUGGAACGAACGGCGUAAAUCUCAGUGGUGGCCAGAAGUGGCGUGUUACUCUCGCUCGGGCAAUCUACUCUCGCGCUGGAAUCCUUGUUCUCGACGACAUCUUUUCCGCUGUAGAUGCCCAUGUCGGGCGACAUAUCUACGAGCAGUGCCUUACCGGCGAACUCAGCCGCGGUCGUACGCGUAUCCUCGUGACUCACCAUGUCAGUCUCUGCCAGCCAAAGACUAAAUUCCUGGUCGAACUCGGAGACGGAACUGUACAGCACGCCGGUUUCGUCGACGAGCUAAAGCAAGACGGCACCUUGGACCUGAUCACGAAGCAUGAAGAAGCUCAAGCCAAGCAUGAGGACGAGGAGGCCGAAGAUCUCGCCGAAGAUGGCGACGGUGACGGAGAACCCCUAGCAAAGGUGCCCUCCAAGGCCAAGGCGCCAAGGCAGUUCAUCGAAGAGGAGCAUAGAGAGAAGGGCUCUGUCAAGCUCAAUGUCUACAAGGUAUACAUUGAAUCGAGUGGUGGGUUAUUCCUGUGGGUGUUCGGCAUCUCGAUGUUCCUGAUAUCCACGGCGCUCUCCAUUGGACGCUCGUACUGGCUGAAGAUUUGGACAAGUCCCGCAGCAACCGAGUCGGAUCACUACAACGAAUAUUCCGCUUGGCUCGAGGCCCAAUCCGCCCUCCAAACAUCGGUAGAGCCUGAGAAGCCACACAGCAUGCAAUUUUAUUUGGGAAUUUACGUGGCAAUUUCAGUCAUUUCGGGGAUCAUAUCCACCUUCAGAUACUACUACACGUUUAUUCUCAGUAUCAAAGCUAGCAAGGUACUCUUUGAGAAGAUGACGUUUGCGGUCCUUCGGACGCCCCUUCGAUGGAUCGACACCGUUCCCGUCGGCCGCGUGCUCAACCGCUUCACUGGAGACUUCAACACCAUCGACAACACCCUUUCCAGAAAUGUAAUGUCCGCAGCUAGUGCCGGCCUCAACGUCGCUGCCAUCUGCAUUGCUACGAACAUCGGUACCUGGUAUAUUUUAUUCCCGGCCAUCAUGCUCGUCUACAUCGCCGUGGACCUGGCGAGGCAGUACCUUGCCGCGGCGCGACCGUCAAAACGACUUGAGAGUACCAACAAGUCCCCAGUGUUCGAGCUCUACGGCUCCGUGCUAUCAGGUGUGAGCUCCAUCCGAGGAUUCGGCAACGGUGCUGCUUACAUCCAAAGGAUGUACGAACGCCUCGACAAACACGCCAUAACAUCUUACUACAUCUCCGUCUACAAUCGCUGGCUCAACUUUAGGAUGAUGCUCCUGGGAACCGUUUUCACCGGCGUGGCUGCGACGUUGGUCCUGCUCACUGACGGCAUGACUGCCGCCCUUGCCGGAUUUACGCUGUCGUUUGCUCUCGAUUUCAUCAACUCUAUGAACUGGGUCGUCAGAUCCUACGGCAAUGUCGAACUGGAUAUGAAUGCCGCUGAGCGUGUUAUUGAGUACAUGUCGCUCGAGACCGAGGACCUCGGUGGGGAGCACCCACCCGCCGCGUGGCCGGCCGAAGGAAAAGUCGAAGUCGAAGACCUAGUUGUGGGCUACGCGGACGAUCUUCCGGCGGUGCUCAAGGGUAUCUCUUUCAAGGUGAAUGCCAAGGAGAGGGUUGGUGUUGUUGGAAGGACUGGGGCUGGGAAGUCUUCUUUGACUUUGGCUUUGUUUAGAUUCCUCGAGUCGCGAUCCGGAAGUAUUUUCAUUGAUGGCUUGGAUAUUUCCAAACUAAAUCUGACGGAUCUCAGAUCUAGACUGGCCAUUAUCCCGCAGGACCCCGUGCUUUUCUCUGGAACGGUCAGAUCAAACCUCGAUCCAUUCAACAACUACACAGAUGCCGAGCUCCGCGAUUCCCUCGAGCGCGUGCACCUAAUCGGCUCAUCCACGCCAGGAACCGCCACGCCCUCCAGCUCAGCCAACACUGCCACGGGCCCCGCCAACGCCAACAUUUUCGAGAACCUCUCGAGCGCCAUCUCCGAAGGCGGCGGCAACCUCUCGCAGGGCCAGCGCCAGCUCCUCUGUCUCGCCCGCGCCAUCGUCGCCCGACCGCGCAUCAUGGUCCUCGACGAAGCCACGUCCGCCGUCGACAUGCACACCGACGCGCUCAUCCAGCGAUCGAUCCGCGAGCAGUUUAACGAUAGCACGCUUAUCGUUAUCGCACAUCGGUUGUCGACCAUUGCGGACUUUGAUAAAAUUCUUGUGUUGAGUGAUGGGCAAGUUGCGGAGUUUGGGACUCCGGCGGAGCUGUGGGAGAAGGAGGGGGGUGUGUUCAGGAGAGUGAGCCAAAGCCACAUUGAAGAUGAGCGCAUAUUGUUCGUCAUCUUCGCCACAGAAAAGAAGAGGAGGAACAGAGGUGUUGGCGAUGAUGACUAG